UUAGGUUUGAAUGUUUGUUUGUUUGUUUGUUUACUGUUAUGACCUUGUGGAGCCUUUUGCAAGAUGACGUAAAGUGAGUGCACGAGAAUGAACGUAAGAACAAACCAAAAGGACGUGUUUAGAAACACUCCCUGUGUGGUGAGAUAGUGCGCAGCCAGUGACAAGGGCAGAGUGAAAUGGGAGGGAGCCGAAAGUGCAAAGGAGCCUCUCUCUCUCUCUCUCUCCCUCUCUCCUGACAGCAUCUCUUCGGGACCGUGAAUGGCAGGACGAGGGCAUGCGUCUCACACAAUAACCUUUAGGACGCCCUGCAGAGGAAAAGAACAUUUCCGAGGCUCUAAUUAUUCCCGACGAGCUCGUCCAGAGGAUUUUCGGGCCACGGUGCAAAAAGAUUGUUCCCCCUCUCCGUGUGCGUUAUGGAGCGGCGGCGGCGGGGGUCUCUGGCGCUCGCCCUCAACUUGGCGGCGCUGCUGUUGGCCGCGUGCGCGCUCAGCACGAGCUACUGGUGUGCUGGAAGCCGAAAAGUGCUGAAGCCGUUUUGCACCGGGCCGCUGCCUCUCACACACAAACACACGCACUGCAUCCGGUAUAACGGCUCCAGCGCUAACGACAGCCGCCAGGUGCAGUACGUGUGGGAGACCGGAGAGGACAAGUUUGUCCUGAGGAAGUUUCACAGCGGUGUUUGGCUGUCCUGCGAGCAGAAUAUCGACCUGAGCGGCGAGAACUGCAGAAGUUUCAUAAAUAUUCCCCCUCCCCAUGAGAGAGGGGUCUUGUGGCUGUGCAUCGUUGCAGAAUGUCUGUACAUCCUGCUCCUGGCCACUGGUGGAAUCCUCAUGUCUGUCGAAGUCUGCCACUUUGGAAACGUCAUCGAUGGACUCAAACUCAACGCCUUUGCCGCCAUAUUCACCGUCUUGUCAGGUCUUCUUGGCAUGGUAGCACACAUGAUGUACACAACAGCCUUUCAGCUCACUGUAAGUCUGGGCCCUGAGGACUGGAAACCCCAAAGCUGGGAUUACAGCUGGUCUUACAUGUUGGCCUGGGGUUCUUUCACAGCAUGCAUGGCGUCCUCGGUGACCACCAUCAACAGAUACACAAAGACUAUCCUGGAGUUCAAGCACAAGCGGAGGAACAUGGAGAAGAACCUGAAGAUCAAGCAGCAGCUCCUGGAGCUGGAUUGCCCAGAGCAGAUGUGGGACAUGUAUAUCAGCUCGGUGCCCAGCACAGCCGAGGAGCUACUGGAGCUGUCCAGUCCGAGCCGUAAGCUGUCUAACCACGACAUGGGAGAUCAGCAGGGGGAGGAGUACUGCUGAGGCUAGCCUAGGGCCUUAUUUACUAAACUGUGCAGAAAUUCCAUGCUAACAGCUUGCAAGUGUGUUAUAUUAGUAGACAAAAACAUUUGCAAAUGGCAUUGGAAAUCACAGUAUUAGCCUGUAAUCCCGCUGGCGGGAUGACAUUCUCAUCGUCUUUAGAGUAUUACUGCUUCAAAAAAAUCUUUGAGUCAGAAGAUUCACUUUGUUAACUGUAAAAUGUGGUACAUUGUGCAGUAUUCGUGAACUUAAGAACUAUUUGUCACUUCCUUCCAUCAUCAAGCUGUUGCAAAAUCUGUUAGUCGACC